AUGCACGCAUAUAGCCAUGGAAGUUUGUGCGGCUUCACAUCGACGUUGCAGAAAUUUCCGAGAUUGGCGAAACAGCCCCCGCCCCCCUCAAGUUCUAUUCUGGACACAUCCACCCGAGCCGGAUCUGGAAGCGGGCCGUCGUCCUUGGGCCUGGGAAUCUUCACCGCCUCUGCACAGACUAUCCCCACCUUGGGUGCGCACGCCGGCUAUGGAACUCCUGGGGAGUUGUAUACCUGGCCUACUGGCGGUGCGCCGGAGCUUGUGAACUUCGACGUCAGCGACUUCCAAGGCAGCCCGACAUCAUCUAUCACUGUGCCGGGUACACGUACGCUAAUGAGCAACCUAUCCGAAGAGCCUAGUACUGUGCUUUUGCCUGGCGAAAUCAAUCAGCAAGCUGCCAUUAGUCGGAGUGUGGGAUUUGCGGAACAGUCCACUGGCGUCGCUCUUGAUCCCGACGCAUCCAAGGAGAACGUGAAUCCUAUGCUGGCUCUGGUAUCCCAGGGCUACCUCUCUGAAGCGGAACGUCAAGCGGUCUACAACGGGCUGUCGCAUGCUCUGGGGCCUGCGUCCGGGAUUCAGGAAUCUGUAGGAACUUACAAGGCUUUUAUGAUGGAACAAAGACAGCUGUACUACGAGCGGCUUAUUCCUGUCGAGGUGGCAUCUCCUGUCAGCGAUGCUGUAUCCGAGAGUGGUCUAACUGUGGACAGCCCUGCCAUAAUGACUCCUGGAUCUGCUUCCACACCUUAUGUUCAACUACAGAGUACAUUGCUCCGUAGCGAAGUGUCAACUUCCAGUCCUGCGGUCUCCGAGUAUCACGGCUGGCUCUUGGGUGGUUCGCGCUCGCUUCCCAGCAGUAUCGUCUCCUCGCGCAUACACACGCCUGAUCUGUCUUCCGACGCUGGCCCGAAUACGUCGCGCUUCUGGGCUCCCGAAAUAUCUGACUCUGCUUACUCUAGCCCCGCACUGGACCUCGGCGACAUCCUAGAAAGCCCUGUCCUGCGCUCCCGCCAUCCGACCGCCGAGCAGCCCAAGAACCCCCCGACGGAACACGAGCAGCAAUUGGCCGAGCAAGAGCUGCACCCGACGUGGGUAUAUGCGCCAGGUUGCCGGCAAUUCAGCGUCCCUCUGGCACCUGUAUACCGCCCCGAGCUUCUCCGCCACGGGCAUUCUUGGGAGGAUCCUCGCAUGGCGCCAUUCGCCCACUUCUCCGCUGCCUCGGUCAGCCGCUGGGAACAUAGCGAGUUCUCGCUGACGCUGCAGGACGCGAAGGCACACCGGGGCUUGGAGAAGAUGAUGUCCGACAAGAGCAAAGGCAAAGCCCGGACUAGAACGCGCCCCGGCGCAAUCAGGGAUCAGGCGGAUCCCGCCGGCGGACAAUUGGUCGCCCUUGUUGUGAUCUCGCCUGAGGCUCCGCGGUUCUAUACCCUCUGCGUAUGA